AUGAAGUGCACCACCAUUGCCGUCGCAGCAGUGCUCGCCACCGCGGGCGUCGUUGCUGCCGAAUCGCCCGCGCUUCGAGCUCUGGCUGACGCUCCCAAGGUCGGGACUGUCGUCGCCACCGCAACCGGACCGGCGGAGGCCACGGACGCGCAGCCGACGGCAGGCGAGCCGAAGGACAAGAAGGAGUGGGGCUGGGGAGGAAGUCCGUGGGGCUGGGGAGGUGGCUGGGGCCGUCCGUGGGGAUGUGGCGGCGCUGGCUGGGGAGGCGGUUGGGGCUGGGGCGGCGGUCAGUGGCUCAAGUACGUUGACGAUUUAAAUGCCAAACACCCCAAGGAGGCAAUGCCCGCAAUCUCGAGACUGACUGGUUACUACGGAGACGAUGCCCCCGUUCCUGACGACGUUUUUCACGUGAUGAACCUUGACAAGUUGAAGACGAACAUCCUUAGUAAUCCCGAAUUCCUCGCUUGGGCCAAGAGCAGUGUUCUAUUCAACAUGGCCGAAGCCGCGAAGGGCGCGGAUGAAACCAAGAGCAAUGCCGUCAAGUUAGAGGCUGGACUGCUGGGGCUCCGCAAGGCAGCGGAAUCACGAGACAGGAGCCAGAUGAUGUUCUGGAACAGCACUCACUCGGGAACUCGCCUCGAGGGCAGACGUCUGAACCAGACCCUCCAAGCAGCUAAGAAGUAUCCGAGCGUGGAGAACAUUACGACUACAAUCCAGAUGGAGAAGUUUGAGGCGUAUGCAGCGAGCAAUCAAGACCCCUAUGAGCUAUUUAAGCUGCUAGCGCUUGGCAGUAUGGGGCAUGAAAUUCUCGAGGAUGCUCUGUUCAAGUCAUGGAAGAACUACGCACAGAUUUUCAACCGAAAGAACCCGAGCAAUCCAGAAUCCUGGCUUACGUCGAUCAGAAACGCGAUGCAAAACCCAAGCACCAGAGACAUUGGCGAAGAGCUAGAGAAAGAGUGGAUUGAGUACUGGCUAAAGGCUGAUACGCUCCCCCAGUCUGCGUUCUGGGCUUUGAUCCAUAACGUCGUACCUCCUGAAGAGGUUCUUGCGAGCCCAGAAAUCAAAACGUGGAUCAAGUACCUCGACGCCUUCAACAAGAAGCAUACCAACCAAGAAACGACUAUUUUCGAUGGCCUCAGCGCGUUGCUGACGAUUCUUGAUGCGGCAAAGAAGGAUGAGAGCACGAAAACGCUGGCGACAGAGUAG